AUGUCGACCAACGAGACCUCCGGUCACUCUGGGCGGUUCGGGCACGAGUUCCUCGAAUUCGAUUUCCGAUCCAUUGCCGAUGGCAGCAGCGCCGCAGUGCGAUACGCGAACAACUCCAACUACCGCAAUGACUCCCUGAUUCGCAAAGAGAUGUGUGUCAGCUCGGCAAUGAUCCAGGAGAUAAAGCGCAUCAUCAAGGAGAGUGAGAUCCUGAAAGAGGACGACUCCAAGUGGCCACAGAAGAACAAGGAUGGGCGCCAGGAGCUGGAGAUUCGACUGGGCAAUGAGCACAUUUCGUUCGAGACCGCGAAAAUCGGCUCGUUGGUGGAUGUGACUGAAUCGGCAGACCCCGAGGGUCUGCGGGUAUUUUAUUACCUAGUUCAGGACCUGAAGGCGCUGAUUUUCUCGCUCAUUUCUCUGCACUUUAAGAUCAAGCCUAUCUAA